UUAUUGCAAAUGGUCAAGGUCAUUAAUUAUGAAUGGCAACUUUACGAAACCUGACUCGACCAGGGACAAUAAUUUGCCGUGUAUUUAGGCAAAUUAAGAGAGAAAGUAAUUUAGAUAGAACUGCAGUAUUAGCCUGCUAUCCAACAAUACCAUGUUUCAGUCAUGAUGAUAUAUGCCUCACACAACAAAGAUGGUUGUUUCAACUACCAAAGUUACCAGGCACCGCCACUAACAAGAGAAAAGACUAUUCAGAGAGGAGACUGCUAGGGUAUUCCAUGGAACAGAUGUAUGAGAUUGUUGCUGAUGUUGAAAAGUAUACAGAAUUUGUUCCUUGGUGUACCCAGUCAACUGUAUUCAACAUUAAACCAGGAAGUUUUAAAUGUAAGAUGGAAGUAGGGUUUCCUCCUUUGAGUGAAAGAUACACUUCCUGUGUUACAGUUGCUAAACCAAACCUUGUGAAGUCUGAGUGUACUGAUGGUAGACUGUUUAAUCAUUUACUAACAACAUGGCAGUUUAGUCCGGGUGUAGCUGAUAUCCCUAAUACCUGUGUCCUAGAUUUUUCUGUUUCAUUUGAGUUUAGACAUGCUCUGCACUCUCAGUUAUCUUCAGUUUUCUUUGAUACAGUUGUGAAAGAGAUGGUGAACUCUUUUCUUAUACGAGCUAAGCAAAAAUAUGGAGCUCCAUCUAUACGAGCACAAAAACCCAAAAUCCUACUCUACAAUAGUUGAUAAAGGCUGAACUUAGAUAUAACCUGGAAUGAUAUGACAAAUAAUACCAGUGAAUGCCAAGCACUUGUGAUACUUGUAUUUGUUGUUGUUCGUACUACAAUAUUUUAAUAUUGGAUUAAAGGAAAACAUGAUUAAAAUAUUUAGUGAUAUGACAUUAUAUAGAUAUUGAUUGAAAUUUUGUAAUUUUUGAAAACAGAUUGACCCUGCUUUUUAACACAUUAAUGUAAAGAGGUUAAUUAUUGCGGAGUUGAUUUAAAAAUAAUCUAGCCUGGUUUUAUUUUUGGUAUUUUUCUUGUUCUUGAUUCUGUUCUUCCAUGAAGAACAAAUUUACACAAGGGGAUACUUUCCAGAUGUAAUCACAAAAUUAGCAAGAAUAAAUCCUUAGCAACUAUACAAUAUUAAAACAAACAUUUUCCUUAAGAGUCAAAAAAGCAUUUAGAAAGUUUUAUGGGCUUGUGUCUUUGAACAAAGGAAUUUGCCACUUGUUUUUAAAAGGAACGUGAGAUCAUUCAUGUCUUUGUCUGAUUUUGGAGAAAAAUACUUCCUAAAUUAUUAUUAUUUAAUAUCCAGGUAUUUAACAUUUGUGUGAUCAUCUUGUUAGAAAUCUGCCAAAGAAUCAAGCUUUGAUGUUCACAUGAUGAAAAAUCCAUUCUUGUUUUUUUCUGACUAUACAAUAAAAUGCAACAUUUAGUUUUGGGAUAUUGCAUGAAAUAUUCAUUGUAAAUCAAUGAGUAAGGGGGGGGGGGGUUAGAGCUCAAUUAUUAUUAUCCAAUUAAUAUUUUAUAGAAAAAAAAUAUCUAUUUUAAUACCAAGCAUACAGUAAAAACUGACAUUUUUUUUUUAAUGACGCAGCAUCAAAAUGGUUUAUUUGACAGGUUUAAGGAUAUAAUAUAUUGCAUUUUUGUUCUAAAUGUAUAUACAGUAAACAUUACCUAUUGUAACUAAUUAUUAGAACUAUUAUUAUGACAUUCUUUAAUGGAAUGGUCAGGAUUUUAUUUUUAUAUUUAGGAGGUUAUGUUGAAAAAAAAUUAAUACCUGAUUUCUGAAGAUCUUUUUACAGUAACAAAACUAUUUUUCCACUUUUCAGAUAUGCAUUUGCUAGAGAAAGAUGUUAAUUUUUCAGUUUUCCUUGAUUUAUUUUGUACCUUUAAAGGAAACUUAAGAAUAUGUCUGAAAUAAUAAGGUGUGAAAUUACAUUUUAUUUUACCAUUCAGAUAACAAUUCAUUGCUACAGAACACAAAACAAGUAAUGACUAUGUAUCUUGAAGAGAUGUAACCUGUUUGGUGUUUAUUAUAUGAUGAAUACAUUAAUGAAAUGUAUAAUUAAAACUAACCUAAGCAACUGCAUGAUGACUGUGUCCUGGCUUUAAGUAUUAAAAUUGGAAAGAAAAUGAAUUUAGAUAUUGCUUAUAACUUUAUUUAUUUUUAUUUAUUUAGAAAACUGUCAUUGGUGCUUUGAAAUAAGUUAUAUACUGUAAUUUUUUUUCAUUUCAAUUUUCUAUGUAUCAGUAUAAUAGUAUCAGCAGCUUUGUUUUUUUUAAGUUUUAUUAAAUGUAAUAAACUGUAUAGCAACUGAGA